UUGUUAGUGCUUGCUUGUGGAACCUAAAUGGUUGGAGUAAUGUUUUCCUAUGGGGCUUCUUAGAACGACGCACCAUAUGUUUAGUGUUUCUUGAACCCAGAAGAUCAGUGGAGCUCAGAGAACUGUACUGGCAUGGAAUGUACUUGAUGUGGUCACCAUUUCAAAGGUAUUCCCUCAGCCAUAAUCUAAGCCAGGAGCAGCAAGGAUUGUGCCAUGAAGACUGCUCACGUAAAGGUGCUUAAGGCUUGAUUGCAGAUAUAGUUUACAUGGACGAUGGCUUUGACUCCCAUGAAGCAGAUCACCACCCUUCAUAGGGGUCACUUCUUGACUCUCUCGCCGUCCCUCUGCUCCCUUGUGUGCGGCAAACGGGUAAAUUUCAUGGGGGAGUACCGUCGGCCGGGUCAGCCGCGGGAUAACACCCCGCCCUGGAAAAAGAUACAGUUCAGCUUUUCCAAGGGUGUGGAGGGUGUCCAGAAACAUUUAGGGCUGCUGAAAGACGAGAUGUUUCAGCGGUUUGUGGGGCCACAGGGACGGCCACUUCAGGUGCAUAUGCAGGAACAGACUCAGGUGCAGUGGGAAUUCCGAGGGCCAGAGAGCCUGUCCCAGUGGGUGGUCUCCUCCGACAGGGAGAUUGGGGGCCGAAGUGAAGCCUACCUGAAACUGGGCAGAAACAGCAACACUUGCCUACUGUAUGGUACCCUCUGCUCAACUCCACCGCGGGAUGGAGAGACUCGCUACAGUGGCUACUGCACGCUACGCUCCAAACAGCCAAUGAUGUCCUUUGACAGGAAGAAGCACUACGAUUGGUCAAGCUUCAACACCUUGUAUUUACGCAUCCGUGGUGAUGGUAGGCCAUGGAUGAUAAAUAUUACCGCAGAGACCUACUUCACCCACCAGAGUGAUGACAUGUACAACUACUUCCUGUUCACAAGAGGUGGGCCUUACUGGGAAGAAGUCAAGAUUCCUUUUUCAAAGUUCUUUAUCUCCAGUCGUGGAAGAAUACAAGACGAGCAGCACCCUCUCUGGCUCGACAAGAUAAACACAAUUGGAUUCACCCUUGGCGACAAGGCUGAUGGACCAUUCCAGCUGGAGAUCGACUUCAUCGCCGUCUGCAAUGACCGCGCGCACACGGAAGAGUUUGCCUACGAGGUGUACAAAAGGAACCCUGAAGUUUGAGAGACUGUGCAGACAAUGGAGUUCAAUGGAUGGAAAGCACAGAAAAGAAAAGGCUGAUAUCAGACUAAAAAAACCCAUCAGCAGCAUUGUUCAGACAUGGUUAUUUUUAAUGGUGCAAUGUCACCACAGAACAGUGUUUUUGAUGUUAUCUGUAAAUAAAUGAACACAGAAAAGUU